UCGUGCUGACAUCAUCACGCGCAGUGCGGGGAACAUACAGAGAAUGCUGACAUCAUAUUUGCAAGCAGGAACGGACGGUUUAGAGGACUUCAGUGAAGAUGGGACAUUUGCGAGUGAGAGGGACGGUUUAGAGGACUUCACUGAAGAUGGGACGCAACUCCGCGAGUGAGCAGGAACUGAAACGGAUGGAAGACGACCGGGACACUUUCAGAAGGGAAUUGAAACAAACGGAGACACAUUCAGAGUGGAAAUUCAUCUCCUGGUAGCAGCUUAAUCUACUGUGAGGAGAACCGGAAUGUGCCAUCAGUGACCAAAGGUAAAUUUAAGCUAGUAAUGGCUUGAAUCCAAUUUAAGGAUUUUUUUAUGUCCCUUGAACUCUGAAGUUAUUGUUUUUUUGAUAGAUGAAGGAAGAAGCUGGCAGAUGCCAAAAUGAUCUGCACUUUUCCAUUGAAAUAUUACUUACUCUUGGCUAAUAAGUUGCCAUCAUCGGAGAGGAGGGAAGAGAAAGAGGAAAAAAGACAGUCUUACUGUGCAAGGAAUUCCAUAGUUGUAUCUUUGGCUGAAGGAGUGGUGCUGUCUCCAGUCCGUGGGGACUGUGGGUGACCAUUUGGACACAUCUGAGAAGACAUUUCUGCCAUGUUAUUAAAACUAAGGUUUCCUGAGUGUAAAUGGUCUCUCACGUUUAAUUUUAUUUUUUUUUUAAUUUUUUUUGGUCAUGUUGCAUAGUACUUUGUGGAUUUGUCAACUUCUUUCCAUUCUACUUUUGUAUUUACAGUCAUCAACGUUUUGAGGCUGCUACAUUUUGUUGACUGCUACUGCUGUGUGCACUUGUUUGCAACUUGGAUUUUGUGUUGGGUUGUUAUUGGUGAGAACCAUUUCUUUGUGUUAUAGACAUUGUGCAAUCUGAACAUGCCAUCCAAAGAAGAUAUGAGGUUUUCUACUGUGGAUUAUAUUAUUUUUGCCCUCCUGCUAGUCAUUUCUUCAGCAAUUGGUCUCUAUUAUGCCUUCAGUGGUGGAAAACAACGUACUACACAAGAAUUUUUGUUGGCAAACCGCAGCAUGGGAUUCCUGCCAGUGGCAAUCUCUCUGCUGGCCACUUUCCAAUCAGCAGUAGCUAUUCUUGGUGUCCCUGCAGAAAUUUAUAAUAAUGGCACAGAAUACUGGUUCUUGGGGUGCUGUUAUUUCUUGGGCCUUCUCAUUCCUGCUCAUGUUUUUAUUCCUAUAUUCUACAGGCUUCGUCUCACCAGUACUUAUGAGUACUUGGAGUUGCGAUUUAACAAAAUUGUUCGAAUCUGCGGUACAGUGACUUUUAUAUUCCAGAUGGUAAUUUACAUGGGUGUUGUCCUGUAUGCUCCAUCCCUGGCUCUUAAUGCAGUGACUGGUUUUGACUUAUGGGGCUCUGUCUUGGCUUUAGGAUUGGUCUGCACUAUCUAUACUACAUUGGGUGGUUUGAAGGCAGUAAUCUGGACAGAUGUGUUUCAGUCCUUGGUGAUGUUUGCAGGAAUGCUGGCCGUUAUUACUGUUGGUUCUAUAAAAGUGGGUGGCAUCACUGAAGUGUGGCGGAUUGCAAAUGAAGCAGGAAAGAUAUCUGGAAUUGACUUGAAUCCUGAUCCUUUUGAGAGGCACACCUUCUGGGUAUUGGCAUUCGGUGGAGUUUUUAUGAUGCUUACGCUUUAUGGAGUAAACCAGGCCCAGGUACAACGCUACUUGAGUUCCCGGACACAAAAAGAAGCAAUUCUGUCAUGCUAUGCAGUAUUUCCAUGCCAGCAGAUUAUUCUUUCCUUAGGCUGUUUAAUGGGCCUGGUAAUGUACGCUCGCUAUCGGGACGAUGGUCCCCUGCAGAAAGGCUAUGUGCAGAAUUCAGACCAGAUGGUCCUUUACUUUGUCAUGGAUAUUUUUAAGGAUAUUCCUGGAUUACCUGGUCUCUUUGUGGCAUGUCUUUUCAGUGGAGCACUCAGCACAAUUUCUUCAGCUUUCAAUUCCUUAGCAACUGUAACCAUGCAGGACUUGAUCAAGCCAUUUUUUCCUAAUAUGACUGAAAGCCGAGCCACUCUUAUUGCCAAAGGACUAGCUUUUAUGUAUGGACUGUUGUGUCUUUGUAUGGCAUACAUUGCAUCACUGAUGGGAUCAGUGCUUCAGGCUGCGCUGAGUAUUUUUGGCAUCGUGGGAGGACCUCUGCUUGGACUUUUCUCACUAGGGAUGUUCUUCCCUUGUUCCAAUUCUUGGGGUGCAGUCACUGGACUGAUUUCAGGCCUAAUUAUGUCAUUUUGGGUUGGAAUUGGAAGUUUUGUGAAUGCCAGAAUUUCUGCAUCUCCCCCACCUUUAAAUGCAACUGUUGUCCCAGAUACUGGUAACAUGACUGCUGUGGUCAUAACAAAGUUGCUGACAACCACAUCAGCUGUUCGAACAAAUCCCACAGGUCUCAAGAAAUUCUACUCUUUGUCCUACCUCUGGUACAGUGGCUUCAGUUCUACAGUGGUGAUUAUUGUGGGACUUUUGGUCAGUUGCAUCACAGGCCCAACUCGAGGCUCCGAUGUUAACCCUCACACCAUAUUUCCAGUUAUGAGGUACAUUCUGUUCUUCUUACCAAAGAGUUACUUGGAGGUGGUGAGCUGUGGAGUCCGUUAUGACCAGGAUGGGCUGAAUGCUAGAGAGACCACAUCUUCUGUUAUCAGGAUGUUCACCACCAGUUUGGCUCCACCUCAGCAGGGUACAGAGGAACAGGAAGAUCGGCCAGAUUUGUCUCCACUCCUGCAGGAUGGUUUUCCCCAUGCACUACAAAAUGGAGCAACAAAGAUGAAUUUGAUAAAAGGGGAGGGCAUAGAAUCAGAUGAGUCUGGUGAAGACCGAACGGAUGGUGGUCCCAAAUAUGUUGUUCAUGAGACUGCGCUGUGAAUUAUUCUUGCAGUUAUAUAGCUGACAAUGUGUGGUCAAGAAGUGUGCGUAAACAGUGCUGGUGUCUCUAAAAGUGCACUGCUAUCAGGAAGAAAUGAAGUGGAAAGGAGCAGAUAUUUAAACUGGAACAAAGAGAAAGGACUAGGAGAGUGGUUAAACCACUCCGCUGAAUACUUCCUGCACACAAGAUUAUUGAAAAGUUUUCAUGGCUGAUGCUAUGCCAAGUCUGCCAAAUUGCAAAUCCUGAAGCGUUUGUUUAGUACCAUUAUGACGAUUGCAUUGAUUUUAAUGUGGCUAAUAUGUUUGUAGUGAUUUUAGGGUGUCCUGAUGACCCUUUUCCCAUUUUAUGCUCAGGUUUCUGUAUAUGGUCAAUCCUUUAAGUAAGUAAUGGUUAUUUUUAUCAGAACUUGAGGCAUUUUUAAACAUUUACCAUCAUGGUUUUAAAAGUAUUAAAAGUCCAUUUUGAACCUGGUAUAAAAUUUGCCUGUAGAUGGCAGCAGUGUGAAAAUUAUAACUGAAUAUUACAUUAUUGCCAGUAGAUAAUCCAUUCCUUAAACGUUAACAGUAGACAGUGUUUGGAAAUUCAAGCUAAAAGCUUGAGAACUUGGGGUGUGCCAUUACAUACCCAUGUUUUAUUUCAUUCGAUCACUACAUGAAUAGUGCACUUCCCACACUGACACAUUUAAGACACUAAAGGAUAAUCCUCAGUGAGCCAGCAGUAAGGCAUCUAGCUGAAUGUCUACCUAGUGUGUUGAUGGGAGUGGCUCAAAAAAUAAGCUAGGAUACCAGUGUACCUGUCAGAAUGAUGAAGCAUUGAGUUCUUCAGAUCAUAUUCCGUGAGGGAGGUCAAGUGGCAUCGCUUUCUGCUAUAGAGACUUCUGUCAGAAACCAUGAUUGUCCAAUACAUUAUUGGUAAGUUUUCCUUCAAGGCAGGCAAGUACCCUGCCUUUGGACAUUUUAUUUUCCUUUACAUAGGCAGAGGUAAGACUGUUUGAAGCUCUUUCUGCCAUAGAGAACUUUUAUCGAGCCUGUACCACCUCAUUCUACCAACCUAAAAGUACUGUAGGCCAGCAUUGUUAGGAUUUAAAGAGAGCGGUUAAUUAAGGACAUUGAGGUGCUCUGCAGUGUUUGGAUGACCUCUAUUGGAGAGUAAGAUUGAUCUUUUAGCAAGUCAUACACUAGAACUAUAAUCUUGAAUUUUUUUCUGAUGCAGCACAAAUACAGGGCAUUUCAUUGGACCCGUGUUCACAGUGUCCAAGUAUUGUAUUGACUUAAUGUACAUCACCUCAGUCCAUUCCUGUUUGGUUCCCACUGUCUGAAUUUUUAGCCACUUAGAUCAAAGCUCGGCCAGUCCCGAUCAAUUUUCAGUGCAUAGUAACAUUUAGAAAUAUGUUGUGCUAUUGCAUUUGCAAUCAAAAUUGAGCGCUGUAGCGCUCUGUGUAGCAAGCAGUUGCUACAGUUUAAAGGACAAGAACUUUCUUCACUGUUUAACUCCAAAUAAGAGGCUUUUGUUCCAUUGGAGGGAUGCUAGAUCUGAGGAAGGCACUAGGCACAAAAAUAGCUAGUUAGACCUUUGCGUUCAACAGUUAUUGUGAUUUUAAAGCUGAACUUGUGUGCCUUGACAGAUCAUUAUUUACUCAAAACAAAAUUUGUUUUGGGAUAGUAUAAUGUUGCAGCGGUUAGAUUUGUUGCCCAGCAGCACUUAGUUCUCAGUUGUACCCUCCUUGUAGAGUCUGCAGUUCUUCUUAUUUCCUGGUUCUUUGCUUUUCUUCCACAUCCCAAGAAUGUUCAGUUGGUGAAUUGGCGAUCCUUGAUAUUGUCCAUAUGUGUUUACUGUGCGUGCAUGAGUGAAUGUGCAUAUGUGUGACGUGAUCGGCUAGUACGUCAUCCAGAUUAGUCUGUGCCAUUGUACCCUCUGGUACAGGUUUAGGCUGUGGCUCUCCCACAGCCCUGAGUUCUAUUAAGGUGGUAAUAGAAUGAAUGAAAGGAUGAGAAUUAGUUUUGUGGGGCAGAAGGGGUUUAUGAUGGGUAAAAAAUUAGAAAAUGGGAGUGUUUAAAAAAAAAAAAAAAAAAAACCUAGCAUGCCAGAGGAUCGGUCAAAAUGAAGCAUUGAGUUCCUCUGUUCAUGUUCCUUUUUUCUUCAUUAUUUACUUUUCUGACCUACAGUUCAGUAACUUGUCUUGUACGGUUAAAUGCACUAGUAAACAUCAUGGGAAUCGAUGCAGAUUUGGUGCUUAUUUCUCUCUCUUGUGCAUACAGCUCUGAGAGGAUGCAGGUCCCUAACUGUGUGAAAUAUACUUUGGUAAUAAGUUGCCUACCACUAUGCCAGUUGUGUACAAAGUGCAGAUUGCAGGAAGCACUUUCCUGUUUUUGUUAUUUUCUAAAAAAGUUUCUGAUCUGUAAAAACUUUUCAGUGUAGCUUCAGAGAAUAAAAACAACUGUUUGUGUGCCAAUAAAGAAAAAUAACCUCCCUGACCAGGAAAUGUUCUGCAUGGAUUCUCACAACCCUAUACAGAUAGGCUUAAAUGUUACCAGUGUUAUAAAUAAAGGACAUUCUGUAACUGAACGUUCUGAAAGUAAAAAUAAAAUUAUUGAUUCUUUGGGACAUAUGUCUAUUUCCUCCAUAAUAUUUCAUUUUCUGAAAUAUAUUCCCUGAGCUGUAAUUGCAGUUCUACAACAGCUUACAGCUUCAGGGAAUGUUUAGAAUUAAACAAAUGUUAAGUUUUAUGAUGGUGGAAUCAUUAAACAAAUAAAAGUAUGCCCCCUGACAGUAUCUCAACAGUUCUGUCAUUACAGGGAAAACUUUAAUGUUUACUAAUGUUUUAGCUAAAGUGUGUUCCGCUCCACAGUAAAAUAACAAUGCCUUGUGAUUCUGUGGGACAUGAUCCUACUCUUACCAUUGAAUCUGAUGAUCAGAAAUUUAUUAAAAUAAUGCCGGAAGUGAAGACUGAUUUUUAGUGAAAUUAUUUCAUUUCAAAGGAUGUUUCCGUGCUUCAUUCCUUGACUGCAUUUAACUGCAGUGCUUUUGUUUGUU